AUGAGCAGUAACGAUACGAAUGAGCCUGCCGGCCCUUCUCAAGGCGAUCGCACAGAUGUGCCUCUCUCAGCCUUUGCCCCUCCUGAAGAGCCCGAUGAUAUGACGAAAGGCAAGACAAUCUCACUCGCCACCUCUGUCAACCUAUAUGACCCGAACGACCAUACUUACAAGUAUACUUUGUCCCGACCUUAUCCUGAAGAAUUCUCAAAACUUCCAGCUUCUACUCGUACCGAGAACCAGCGACGAUACGUUCUACUCGAUUCCGUCUUGAGAAGUGGUAGGGUAAAGAGGUGCACGAUGGAAGAUUUCCCGGUGAGCAUGCUGAAGGAGGAGCCGGAUUUUGCAGAAGCAGAGAAGAAGUAUUGGGGGAUGUAUGCGCAUAGCUGUGUGGGAGGCGUCAGCCAGGGUACGACGGGGAGUAUCAAGAUACUUCAUCAUGGCGAGGAAGCGAAUGAUCAGCCACCAACUCCAGUCCCCACGACCGACUCUGCCCCGGCAGAUGACCUCGAGACAACAAACCUCGGCGCGCCUUCAUCGGGAACCUUCCAAGAGCGCUACGAAGGUUUCUCGCCCUCGGAGCUUUCCAACCUGUUAUGGGGAGAAGCAAAAACGAAGGUCGAGGAGAAAGAGAAGAAUCUGCCGGAAGCCAAGCGCCGGGCACGAGCUCAGCUUGUAACGCCCGAACUAUUCGACGAAGGCUUUUUGCCCUUGAGGCCCACAGCUGUGUGUAGGCUCGCCUCCCAUGCCACCGGAAUCAACAGGCGAUACUCCUCUGAGCCGGCAGCCUUAACUUUGGUCAGGUCUCUAGCUAAUUUUAGCCCUGAGAGAACCUUGAGUCGCGCGGCGAGCUUCUGGAAUACAAUGACUGGAAAGGAAGAUGAGCCCGACGAAGGUUCCCAGGUGUAGUUGCGACCGGACGGUACUGCUGACAGAUUUUGAGAAGAAGCCGGCGAAUGAGAGCAGUGUUUGAUAGGAGACAGGGUGGAAGCACGUACGCCAUCUGGUCUUUUGAAUGCACCACCCCACGUACAUGUCUUAAGAGAGUAUAGAGACGAU